AAAUCAUGCAGUUGGCUCCAUGGACAGCCCGCCUCUCCUGCAACAUCUGCCCUCAGUACUCUGUGGCAGUGAUUAGAUCCAAUCUGUGGCCUGGGGCUUAUGCUUAUGCCAUUGGCAGGAAGUUUGAGAACAUCUAUAUUGGCUGGGGCCACAAAUACAGCCAGGAGAACUUCAACCCAGCUCUGCCACCAGCAGUGCAGCUGGAGUAUGUCAGUGGGCCUGAGACCAUGGAGAUAGCCGACCCCACAGUGGAAGAGGAAGCGGCCCUGAAGGCUGCCCAGGAGCAGGCCCUGGCCGCUGCCGAGGAGGAGGAGGAGGAAGAAGAUGAGGAGGAUGACGAAGUUGAUGACUGA